AUGCGUGAUCUAAGUGACCAUAACAGGGUUGUUUUAAGCAUCGUUUGUGAAAUCACUCUUUUCGCAAGUAACGUGCUAUCGCAUGAUCUCGGGAACGAACGAAGAUCCAACGAGACGAAGCCGAGCUUCAGCCCAAGUAGUACCCAUCCACCCCGAAUUCACAAACAUCAUCGUAUAAAGAAUAAUGGGCCAGUAGUUUACAUCAAAGAACGAGGACCUAUCGCGUUAACCCAACAUCCAACGAACAGAAGGCGCAUUCGUCUUUUUGGUCGAGUAGGCCUGUUUCUUCACUGUACUCGAAACGGAACAGUUUCUGGCUCUUUGAAUCGACAUAGUACAUAUGUAAAAUUUGAGCUUCAGUCGUUUGGUCCAAGUAUUGUUCGAAUCCAAAGCAUUGGAACUGGGAAGUUUUUUGCAAUUAAUUCCAAGGGAAUCUUGCAUACAAGAGGGGAAGCAACAGACGAAUGUUUAUUUUAUCAAAACCAUGAAGAGAACCUCUUUCUAUCGUUCGCCUCUUUCAAAUAUUACAUGAAAGAACAUUACGACAUGUUUAUCAGCAUAAAGCGAAAUGGAGAAGUAAAACAAGCCACUUCAACUCUACCCGGACAGGACAGCAUUCAAUUCAUCGCUCUCAACGGCGACAGCCGGCUUGAGAUUGGCUCGACCACAGGAUUAAAUUUAUCUGGCUAGCGAAGCGAUUUCAAAGCGAUUUGGUUUCAAAGAAUAGUAGGAUUUAGUGGAUUUCUUUUCUCUGUAUUACAAGCCGAAAGCAAUGACCUACACACUCCAUCUCGCUCCAGUCUGACUCGCUUUCUAUCUCCUCAUUUCGUUCAAAGACAGGGAUGCCGCGAAAAACUCCUUGGUUGCCGGCGUUGGUUUUCGAUUUUGCUUCCGAACCAAUGAAAGAGUGUAACCGCUUUUGAAUUAAAACCCAACAUUUGGAACAUUUUUGAAAAUAGGAACGAUCAAAGCGCGAUUGAACUCGGCUUUCUUCCUCAUGUUGUUUGCCGUAUGGUUAAUUCCUUUCCUAACUGAUAAAACGUAUGAUGCACGAUCCUCGCAGUAG